UUGAGAUCAGAGCGCAAGGCAUCAACGAAAGUGGACAUUCGCAUAUCGACAACCUUUCUGAAGAAGAAUUUCUGCAGAUUAAUAUGGUGUCUGUGAAAAAAUUAGGACUCGCAGGCUCCUGUACUUUUUCCAUUGGACUUAUCAGUUAUACUUUGGGAUUUCCUUCUAUGCUGAAGUCGCAAGUUAAAUCUCAAAUUAGAUUAAAAAAAGGAAACGAAAUACGCGAUUUUUGGGAGAAACUUCCGCAACCAUUGGAUUUUAAUAUUUAUGUCUUCAAUAUAACAAAUCCGAAUGAUAUUGCAUCAGGAGCGAAGCCGAUUGUCCAAGAACUAGGACCCUUUCACUAUGAUUUGUAUCGGGACAAGGAAGAUAUCGUAGAUCGAGAGGAAGAUGAUACUGUUGAGUACAGUUUGCGACAACUUUGGUACUUCAAUCAGGAGAAAAGCAUUAUGUCAGAAAAUGUGGAAAUUUAUGCGUUUCAUCCUCUCAUGAUAGCGAUAACCUUGAUCAUUCAAAGAGACAGACCAUCUACGAUGGGAGUAAUUAGCAAAGCGUUUGAUAGUAUUUUCAAAAAACCUGAGUCAAUAUUUAUCAAAACUACUGUAAAAGAUUUGUUCUUUAACGGUAUACUACUUGAUUGCACGGAUAUAACAGAUUUUGCUGGAUCCGCAGUGUGCUCUGCUUUACAGGAAAAAGAAGAGAUAUUAAUCCGAGAGGAGGGUUUACGUUUCAAAUUUGGUUAUCUUGCUAAGACAAACGGGACUCGUAUGCCGGAACGCAUAAGAGUAUACCGUGGAAUUAAAAAUUACAAAGACGUAGGUCGUGUGCUGACGAUAGCAAAUAGUACGAAGUUGAAGAUGUGGUUUGGCAAUCCUUGCAACGAUAUUCGUGGCACAGACGGAACCAUCUUCCCACCGUUCCUCAGCAAGGAAAAAGAAGUCUGGGUACACUCCCUAGACAUUUGUCGAAGUAUUGGCGCAUAUUAUCUCGAAUCAGGAAAAGUUCAAGGUUUCAAGACACUACACUACACGGCGGACUUGGGCGAUCCGUCUGAGGACGAAGAUGUGAGGUGCCUUUGUCAAGAGUCCGAAGGGUGUAUGCCUAAGAAUAUAUUCAACGCAGAUCCUUGCAAAAGCGUGCCUUUAAGGAUAAGUCUACCUCAUUUUUAUAAUUCUGACCCACGAUACCUCGAGAUGAUUGAGGGUGUAAAUCCCAUCCCUGAAAAGCAUCGGAUGACUUUUAAUUUUGAUCCGAUGACAGGCACUCCAAUAAAAGCGUAUAAAAAGAUUCAAUUCAACGUGAUAGUUGGACCCAUCCCUAAACUUCGAUUGAUGAAGUCCUUUCCGGAAGCGCUUUUUCCAUUAUUUUGGGUAGAGGAUGGCCUCGAACUCGGGAAUAUUCUAAUGAAACCGCUGAAAGUUGCCUAUUUACAAAUUUUAAUUGCAAAAAUAGUGAUGUGGCUCAUGAUCCUCGGUGGUUUGGGUAUGUUUAUUGCCGCUAUGAUGAGGUAUUACAAAGAAAACAAUGUGGGCGACGUUGCGGUACCGGAUCUCGUGCCGGGCAAGGAGAACAAGUCUCCUAAAAAGUUAACCAUUAGUACCAUACAAGGUCAAUUGGUACCACCUAAAAUUGAUUAAAACACAGGGAGUAAUAAUUAUUACACUAAAGAAGUUGGGAGAUGGCGUUAUUAAUCGCGCAAUGUCGAUCGCAUUGUGUCGAAAACAAUAAUUUUUAAAUGUCAUUACUUAGUUAAUAUUUGGAUAAUACUUCGAUGACAUUUAUCCAAUAACACAUCCCAUUAUUGUAAUAUACUUACUCAGAUAGAAAUAAUAUACCCGUGUUUUACUUUACAAACGCACAUGAGUCGUAAUCGAUUCACAUUUUUAUCAAUAUUGUUUUGAAAAAUAUCACUGUUAAAAGAUAUAUUAGAUAUC